ACUUCGUCUCUUGGGAUUAUAUCUGUGUUCCUUCUUUCAUUACCGGUGAUAAAUACGUUAUUCUCGAUCCACAUGAACGUUAUUUUCGAGGUGGUGUCAUAAUUGACGUCGACGAGAAAAUGUUUAAAGAAUACCCUGAUCAGUUUGCUCCUUUUAGAAUUCCGUGUGACAAACAUUUUAAUGGCACUUUGUUUCGUUAUCCACUUCGUGCUGAAGUAGAUUCCGCCGACUCGGAAAUUUCUGGCAGAAUUUAUAAACCUGACGCAAUCUUGGAAAUGUUUGAUAAAUUUUACGAAAAUGAAAGCAUUAAUAGCUUAUUAUUUAUAAAAUAUAUUGAACGUGCCGAUGAAAUUCGAGAAAAACGUCGGUUGAUAGCAAAAAAUAUUGUACCAAUGAUGAAUUCAUUAAAAUCAGGUGUAUUGGAAGGAAAUAAUCAAUUAGAAACGUCUUUUAUUGUAACUUUCUGUCGUCAAAAAGGAGAUUCCAAAGAGAAUAAAAGUUCAUGGUUAAUCUUGAAUUAUCUUGAUGACUUGCUCGAAACCGAAAAAUAUUUUCAAAGAGAGUACAAAAGAAGCAUUGGAGAUUAUAAGUUCGUCCCUAACGUUGGUUUAGCCGUUCCCAUCAAUGAUUUGAUGAAUGCUGGAAGUUUGUUUUGCUUUUUACCUCUUCCCAUUUCUACUCCUUUUCCCGUUUCGGUGCAUGGAUAUUUUGCGGUUAGCACUAAUCGUCGUUCUUUAUGGGAGGCCGCAGAAAACGAAGAUCUGGCGGCUGGGUCAUUGGCACGCCUGAAAGUUUCGUGGAAUCAUUAUUUAUUUGAAAAGGUCCUACCAAAAGCUUGGGUGAGAUUCCUUCGUAAAAUUCCGCUUACGAUUCCUAAUAUUUCACCAAAUGAUGUAUAUAAAUUCUGGCCAAUACUUAAAGAAGGAACAUCACGUAGCUUAAGUACUUUUUACAAAGAUCUAUUACAAAAUGUAAUUAAUAACCUUAGCAUUGAUGAUCGCGUAUUCAAAGGACCUUCAUCAAAGAUUGAAAUCGGAACAAAAUUUAGUGCUACAGAUGAUGCCACCCAAUAUCAAGAAUCCGAAUUUCAUUGGUUAUCCCUUUUCGAUGGAUAUUUUGAAGAAGAGAAUCUAUUUGAUUUUAAAUUGACUAUAAUAAUUGAGAAGGCUGGAUUUCCUGUGAUAUCAACGUCUUAUCCCAUUCUUAAUGCCUUAAAAGAAUCUAAUCAUGGAGAUUUCCCUAAAUUCUUUUCUCCUGCCAUUAUUCGUAAUUAUUUAAAUCAAAAUCGUAACAGAUGGAACACAGAUAUAAUCCCAAGAGACGAAGUCUUACAAUUAUUUGAAUAUAUUUUAAAGGAUAAACAAUUUGACGAAUUGGAAGGUUUUGAGAUGAUUCCUCUUGCGGAUGAUACGCUUGGUACUUUAACACAGCAUGGCAAUUCUUACGUUUAUAUUUACCCAAAAGAUCACUUUGAUAAUCAUAUAAAUGAUGAGCUCAACACCUUUAAAAAUCAAUUGAACAAAUUCAUUGACAAAUCGAUUCGUUACGAUCUUCAUAAAGCUUUGUGCGAGUAUGCACAAGAAUGGAAUCUAAACAUUAAAAUCCUAGACGAAUAUGCUGUCGUCGAUAUGAUUAAAUUCUCUCUGAAUUCUGAAAAUGCAGAUUCUGAAGAGAUACCAAUAUUAGAUCAUUAUGAGUGGAUUUGCGAUUUGUGGAGUAAUCUGAGAUAUAGAAAAUGGGAUCUCGAAAAGUUCGAAAACCUUCAUUUAAUCCCAACAAGUCGCUCUACUCUUAGACAACUAAAUACUCCUAAGAGCGUAUUUUCUAAUCAAAUAAACGAUAAUAUUUUAAAGUCCAUUUUCGAAAAAUUUGGUGCCGUUUUUGUGGACAGUAGAUUUGGCGAAAUGGCUAGAUGGGGGAGAGCAUCUCAAUAUACUAUUAAACCUGAUGAUGUUUUAUCAGUUCUAAAAUCUUUUCGAGCCGAAACCUCGUACCCAAAAAAUUUGAAUCAUAGGUUAGAACCUCCUGAAGCAUCACAGCUCGUUGAUUAUUUAUCUAAUCAUUUACGCCUCGCUAAUGAAGACGAAGUACCGAACCUUAUUGAAGUCAUUAAACAUCUACCGAUUUUUACCGAAGUCGAUAAUACUUCUCCAAUUUCAUUAUUACCUGCAAAUACAAAUUGGUUCCUACUUCCUCAGAAUGAAGAAAAUUCGUAUGGAAAAAUUAUUUAUCCAAGUAAUCAAGGAAGGUUUCUUAAUUCAAGUUCACAAAAUUUGAGAUAUAUACUGGAAAAUACCAUUAAGAUUCCUCGAUUAGUUCCACUUGACUAUUGGCGAAGUUAUGUAAUGCCAUUUCUCGAAUCACAACCACCAGAAGACAUAGGUAUUGUAAUACACAGACUUUUUGAAAGGUUGCAAAGUUUGCUUGAUCAUGAUCCAAGUUUGAAAGAUUCUCUUGGAGGAAUUUCUUUCGUGCCUGUUGGCACAUUUAGAAUGGCUUGGCAAAGACAAGCGUCUUUUGACAUGGACCUAAGAUUAGUUAAACCAAAAGAACUAUUUGAUCCAGAUUCACUUGUAUUUCGUAUUUCUCGAAACUUAUUCCUUUCAAAUUUGAAAUCAUUGGGAAUGAAAUCAAUUCUUUUUCCAGAUGAUGUAAUCAAUCGUAUUAAUACUAUAGUAGCUCGAAAGUCCCAGGGUUCAUUUCACACCAAAGCAUUCGACUUUUUUAAAUACAUCGAUGAAAAAUGGGAAUUGAAUGAAAAUAAAAAUCAUGAAUUCAUGAAUACUAUUCUAAAUAAAGAAUGGAUUCCUACUGUUGACGGAUCUGGGAAUCAAAUCUUUUCGAAACCUCAAGAUUGUUAUUAUAAAGAAUAUGAAUACCUAGUUUGCUUGGUCGCACCAAUACUGAAUUAUAAUGUUAAAAAUGAUAACUUUUUAAGGCACUUAGGAUGGCAAACUUAUCCAGAAGUUAGAAAGGUUCUAGAGCAAUUAGAAUCAUGUCAUGUUCGUGUAUCUAGUGGGCAAUCACCUGAGAAUUUGAAAGCAAUCUGUAACGCGAUAUACGAAUAUAUGAAUAAUGCUUUUCAAAAUGAUAAAGAAGCAUUUGAAAUUAUAAAGAAUGAUUUGGAAAACAAACCUUGGAUUUUGCAUAAUGAUACAUUUUAUUCGGCUGAUAAAUUUGUCUUUCGUCUUCCAACUGAAUUUGAGGAUAAUAAUUCUUUAAUUGUAGAACUUCCUAUAGGAUACAUAAGUGAUUUUAGACCUUUAUUUGAAGCAAUGGGAGUUCGAAAUGAAAUUGGAGUCAAGGAGUUGAUUUUAAUUAUAAACAAUAUGGUGGAAGGAAAUGAGGAAAGAAGAUUAUCAGAUGACGAAAUAAACCAUGUCGUUCAGAUUCUUAACCGAAUUUCUCAAAUCCAAAAGGAAAUUAGGAAUGGAGAAAAUGAUCCGGAUGAUUUGAGUGGACUAUUAGUGCCAAGCACUGACAAUAUGCUUGUUAAUCUAGAUAGAAUUCAAUUUAAUGAUAUUGGAGAAAGAAUUAGCCAACAUGAGAAAAGUCAACACAUAAUUGCUCAUCAAUUUGUAAGCCGGUAUAUUGCUGAUGAACUAGGAAUUCCAACUUUAACAGGAACAAUAUUUGGUGGUUGGGAGACAUUUGAGCAAGAUGAAUUAUUAACUACCCGAAUAAAAAAUAUUAUUAAGGAUUAUUCAUUAAGUCAAUUUUUUAAAGAAUUUCUUCAAAAUGCAGAUGAUGCUAAAGCCACAAAGUUUUCAAUAAUAGUGGAUGAAAGACCGAAAUUCCAGCUGGAUUCAUCUAGAAUGUCUUUACUUACAAAAGAAAUGGAUGAUUGGCAAGGUCCUGCGAUUUGGAUAUAUAAUGAUGCCGUAUUUUCUGAUGAUGAUUUUAGGGCUUUGACCAAACUUGGAAUUGGAGGAAAAUCUCGUGACGAUGAUGAAAAUGAAACUCGAAUAGGAAGAUUUGGAGUAGGAUUCAAUUGUGCUUAUCAUCUUACAGAUUUACCAAGCAUCGUAAGUAGAGAAUAUAUCAUAUUCCUUGAUCCAAAUGAAAAAUUUCUUCCAGCACAAGGACGUCCACCUAAAAGACAAAAAGGCUUUAAAAUUAAUUUUAUGGAGACGAGAUUUAAGAAGAGUUUCCCGGAUCAAUGCUAUCCUUAUGAAGCUUUAAAUUGCAAUUUUAAUGAAAGUUUCAACGGAACAUUGUUUAGGCUUCCACUUAGAACUGAAUCAUUAGCGAAUGAGAGUAAAAUUACGAACCAAGUUGUUGAAAUUGAAGAAAUCUUGAAAUUACUUAAUGGCAUUCAGGGUAAUAAAGAAAUGCUCUUUUUAAGAAAUAUAGAUUCAUGUUGUUUACGACACAUAAAUGAUCAAGAACAAGUUCCUCAACCGAUAUGGAAAGCAGGAAUUAAGAUGUCGGAUGAUCAUCGCGAUAUUCGAAAAAACGAAAGUGUUACGAACAAUAUAAAAACAUAUCAACUAGAUAUUGAAAUUGAGAUCAAUGAUAUACAAAACAGUAAAAUCUCAGAAAUAUGGAUUUUAUGUAUAGGAGGGCAUGAGAGAAUUCAAUCAAAUGAACUUGAAAAAUUUUCGAGGAAAAAACAUAUUAAGUUUCCAAAUCCUCCUGAAAUCAAAGGCGAAAUCUUUUCAUACUUACCCUUGUCAAUAAGUACCAACUUGGGCGUUCAUUUAAAUGGAAACUUUUUUUUGUCUAGUUCCAGAAACAAUGUUCUACAGUUUGAAAAUGACGUUGAUCGUGAAGAUUCAAAAUGGAAUCAUUAUAUUCUGUAUGAUGUCUUGCCCGAUUUACAUGUUAAAUUAUUUGAAAACAUUGUGAAACUUGAAGAACAACGCAAGAAAAAUGAAACAAAUUUCAUUCCACACACCUUAAAUAAUUUUUGGCCGAUUAAGAAUGAUUCAUCUAUGGGCUUGUACAAAAAUUAUGGAUUAAAUGUUAUUAAAAAAUUAGGUCAAGGUGAACAUAAAUUUUUCUGGACCGAAUUCGAUGGUGGUCAAUUCAUUUCGUUACAAGAAGCUAAAAUUCUUGAGGAAGAAGAGACGGUAAUGGCAGAUAUAUUAUCCCGUUUAGAAUUUCUAAUUGUGAAACUUGAUAAGGCCAAGCUUGAUCAACUUAAGGAGGCUGGUUCUCAGAUUUCAAAUUUCAAUUACACACCUAUCAGCGGAAGCUUAAUUUGCGAAGAAUUACAAGAAAAGAGAUUUAUGGUUUCUUUUGAUAUUUUCCAUCAAAAUCAUGAUUUAUUAUUCGAAUUGCUUAAUUAUAUUCUUCAAGAUAAAAGUUCUUUUGAACAACUUACUGAAUUACAAUUAGUUCCAUUGAGCGAUGGUUCUGUUAAAUGUUUUGGUGAAGUUUAUUAUCUCGGAGAAAAACAACAUCUAGAGUUAUUUCCAAAAAGCAAAUCUAAAUUUGUUUCCACUGAACUGCCAGAGAAUCUAAAGAAAAUUUUUUCGGAUAGCAUAUUUUCUGAAAUUACAAAUAUUAAAAAGGUUGAUACAUCUGCUAUUUUAGAUCUUUUAAAACAUGAAAUACCUAUGGCAAGAGAAUCGAAAUGGAGACCCAAUGGUAUACCAAAUGAAAUGUGGCUUGAAAAAAUUUGGUCAAAAUUUAUUGAAGAUGCAGAAAACUUAGAAUUUGCCAACCUCUCUAAAUUUCCUCUAUUGCCAGUGAUUGAACCUUCCAAACUUGUUCGACCUGAUACAAGUAAUCCACUUUUAUAUGAAAAGGAUCAUGAUUUAUAUCCGAUAUUAGUAAAGCUACAAGUACGUUUUACUAAUAUGGAAUUUUUCAAAAGUACUAAUAAAGACCUUAAAAAAUGUGUUGUGAAAUGUACUCCUAUAAAUAUUAUUAAUUCCUUGGGACGAGCUUGUUCUUCAAAUACGAAAACUAUGAAGGAAAUGUUUAAAAACCUAUCAAUUGAUGAUUACAUAAAGCAUGGAAAAAGCAACGAAGCUUUUAUGAAAACUCUUAAAUCAUUACCAAUAUGGCCAACACAUUCUUCACAAGACAAGUUCAUUGAUGCCACAACUGGAACCCUCCUUCCAUACUCGCUUCCAUUUUUUUCCUUUUGUGAAGAAACCGUGUUCUAUAAAUGCAACGAUGAAUCUGAUUUUGAGGCACUUGCUAAAUUAAAGGCUAAGACUAUUACUGAAUUUGAGUACGUUAAAGACCAUCUAUUAAAACCACCAUUUACCAUCUUUUCAAAACCCACUCAAAAGUACAUAAUAUUUUUGAAGAAAAUUUUAUCUCUACAAAAUCAAGAAAUUGAGGAAUAUAUCAAAGAUAAACGAAUGGUACCUAAUAAUUCGCUUAGCGCUUUCGUACUUGCUAGCGUAUUAUAUGAUUCGAGUGUUAUUUUAUUUCUCAAUACUUUUUCAGAUAGAAACAAAUUUUUACCAUCAGAAUUACAAAAUGACUCUGUUUGUUUAGAAGCUCUUGGAAGAAUUGGUUUAAAGCGCCAAGUGAAUUCUGUUACAUAUAUUGAAUGUGCAGAAGAUAUUCUGUUACAGCUUAAAGCUAAAUUGCCAGUAAAUGAUGUUAAAGGUCGAGCAAAAUAUUUAGUAAAGUAUUUAUACGAACAUGCCAACACCUUGAAUUUCAACAAAGAACAAUGGAACAAAAUUCUUGCAACGAAAUUUGUUCCAUCAGAAAUGAAUCUUUCUCCAUUUUAUCAUAAACCAAUAAAGACUUCAGGGUUUGAAAAUUUUAAAGCACUUUGUUCACAAAAAUAUAUGAAAGCAUGUUGGACUAAAUAUGCAUUAUUUGAUAAGUCUGUUGAGCCUACUACCCUUUUCAACGAAGUUAUAAAAAAUAAUGAGGGUUAUAAAAUCGGAGUUCCCUCUACAGAUAAUGUUAUUGCACAUUGGAUUUUCGUUGUUGACAAUAUUAACAAUAUAGAAACUUGGAGAACUUCUAAGGAACAAGUGAAAAGUGUAAUCAAAGAAAUUUAUAAAACAAUGAACGAACUUUUGCAAACCGAAGGUAACGUGGAAGAUGAGCAAAUAAGGAUGAUUAGUGAUCAAAAAUUAUUUUUGAAUGAUGAUGAUCCGUUUUAUAAGAACAAUUGGGUACAAGCAAGUUCGCUUAAAUUUAUUUCACAAGACAACGUUAAUGAAUUUUUAAUGCCUUAUAAAAAUUUGUUGAAGCGCGCUGGAGCCACUGAAUCAAGUGAAAAAAUCGAUCCAAAAGAUUUAUUACUAAAGAAACUUUUAAGUGAUGUAUAUCAUGAUGUCAUUUUUAUUGACAAAGAGAAAAAAAAGAUUGGUAGUGCAAACAGAUAUGUGCUUUCUGAUGAUGAUGCAGAUGCAUUCCAAGAAUUUCUACUAUGGCUAAAUGGGCAGGAUCAAAAGUCUUCAAGUAAACAAGCCGUACCUCCAAAUCGUCAAAGAUAUGAAAAUCUUUCAAGAAUAGCGGAAAAAUAUGAUAUUGAACUACUCAAAGAUUUAGCAGAAAAUGCUAUUAGUGUUAAUCGCUUUUAA